AUGUUUAAAUCGUCUUUACAACGAAUACCUAUUGCAAGAUUCCAUGUAUCUUUUGCAAGAGCUACUAAUCAAUGUGCAGUUCCUAUUAAACAUAAUAAUAAUGAACUCUGGGAAUCAUCAAGAUUGAAUUUGAUAAAAUAUAUUGAAAACAAUGUGGAUUUGUCAACUUCCAUAAAUCCUAAUGUCACUAUCUAUAAGAAAGAUGGUUCAACUUGUAAAAGAUUUCCUAAAUUAGUGCAGAAAUAUUGGAAUUCAUUCUCAACUCUAAAUUAUUUACAUAACAAUAUUAGUAACACCAAAAAUCAAUCUUUACUUUUAACUGUCAAUAUUGAUAAAUUUAUGGUCUUUAUAAAACAAGGAUGGGAUUCUUCAAUAAUAAGAUCGCUUUUCAAAAAAGAAUUAAUUUAUAAUUCAAGUAAUAUUAAAUUUAUUAAUAAGUUACUAUCGACAUUAAGAACUACGACUUAUAAUAAACCAAUAGCUAAAUCUUCUGAUAUUCUUCAAUGGUGUGUUGAUGAUUCCUUAUCUAAUAAUGAUAUUAUUACAGCUAUCGAUAUUUUUCUAUUAUAUUAUAAAAUCAAUAAAUCUAUAGAUCCACCAAAUUUGAAUGAUGUCAAAAAUUUAAUUUCAAAACUAAAAUAUCAAAAUCCAAAAUAUGAUAAUAUCCAUUUAAAAAGUUUAAUCCAAAUUUAUGAUUUAUUAGAAUCGUACAACUUACCCUUAAAAUUAUCUGACUUCGAAGUAUUAAUGUUUUGUAAUAAAGCAUUAUCGCCUGAUAUGGAUCCAAUAAUAUCUAAGACAAUACUAACUGUUUUACUUGAUUCUCAAUCAACCUUAAGUUCAAAAUUGAUAGGCCCAACUGGAAAUGAAAGAUUAAAUCAAAUUAAUAUUGGUUACGCUACAAUUGAUAGAGAUUACAAAAUUAGAAAUCCAACUGGGAUAUAUCUUACGUGGAUUCAAAUUAAAGAUCUUUAUUCAUCUUUCUCAGAUCAUGAUUCUAGAAUCUUAUACAAAGUUUUUAAAUCAUGUAGCCAGAAUAGAACUUAUAGAAUCAUUUGUGUUGAAAUGUUAUCGAAAAUGAAACCUAGCCAUUAUUGUAAUGAUCCAUUAUUAUUGCCAAUCAUUAUUAAAUAUAUCACUCUUACAAAAUCUUUAAAAAAUGCACAACAUUUAAUGACCAAUAUGGAAAAAUAUACCACUAUAGAAAAUAAAAAAUUAAUUUGGUCAAGUAAAAGAUUCUUAUCUUCUCUAUUAAAAAUGCAGUUAUGCUUUUUUGAUGCUGGAAGUGUUGAUAAUAUAAUAAAACAAAUCAUUGGGACUUAUGGCUCGUUAUCAUCUGCUGAUUAUCAAGCAAUUGUUUCUCAUUUACUUGAAAAACCUAAAAUGGAUAAUAUUAAAAGAGCUUUAAAAUUUGUUGAUUCAAUCCCACUAGAUCAGAGAUUUUCCUCAUAUAGUGUAUUAGUAAAUAAAUUAAUUGAAUCAAUAUUUGCUAUGGAAUCUAAAAUGAAACUGUUAGUAAUGCCUUUGAUUAAUGAAAUUUUAAUAAAAGCACAUACACAAGAUCCGCAUCAUGAUAAUCCGUUCUGGUCUCUGAUAUCUGCUUUGUAUAUAAAAAGCCUACUCUUCUCAUUGACAUCUAGAAUACCUUAUUUGUCCCAAAAAAAUUCUUCUUCGAGGUUAGAUAUGGCCAAAUUAUUAUAUUGUAAAAGUGACGAAUUUCCUUUCCUCUACAAUAGUAAUACAUCUAUCAAUCCAUUCUCAGAACCUCACCCAAAGAAUAUUAAGUUAAAAAUAACAAAUAUGAACAGGUUUGUAAUCUUAAGGAAUAUUGCUCAUACUGCCUUGAAAUGUUCGAGAAAGGAUAUUUUUCUUUGGGCAUGCUCAAAGCUCUAUAAGGGAGGAAUGCCAAUAGAAGAGUUAAUUCUAUUAUGGAAUAUAACAUAUAAACAUCAAAUUAGAAAUACUAAGUUCCAAUCCAAGAAAGAAAUCAUUCAGUGUAUUGAAAAGUAUGGAAGUAAGGCAUUCAAAAUAAUGUUACAAUAA